AUGGCCACCCCCAAUGUCCUGACUUUUGAUGCUGAGGGUCGCGCCAUUGACUUUGCAGUCUGGGUCGAGGACCUGCAGCUGUUCUUACUGUGCGAUGCGAUAGAUGAGGUUUCUCUUUUUGACUUUGCCUCUCGCGCUGUCCCUGCCCCUCCUGCUGAUGCUGACCCCGCUGUUCGCUCCAAGUGGGCCACACGCGAUGCUGCUGCACGUCUUGCUGUGCGUCGCCACCUCCCUUCCUCCGAGCGUGCACACUUUAGUCAGUGCAAGACCGCUCAGGUCUUGUACGACGCUGUAGUUGCGCGCUACUCCUCCCCUUCCUCCGCUACGCUUAGCCGUCUCAUGCUACCGUUCCUCUUCCCUGACCUAGCUGCCUUUCCCACAGUCGCUGACCUCUUUACCCACCUCCGCGCUAGUGACACUCGCUACCGAGCUGCGCUUCCUGCUGAGUUCCGCGCCGCAAACCCUCCUCCCAUGCACAUCACUCUCUACUUUCUAGUUACCCGUCUCCCUGAGUCCCUUCGUGCUGUGAGGGACCAGUUUCUCUCUGUCUGUCCCACCACCCUCACUGUCGACCUCCUUGAGAAGUCCCUGCUAGCGGCUGAGAAGAGUAUCGUCACUGUAGGGGCCUCUCGUGGUGACCCUCGCACCCCCAUGUUUGAGGGGUGUUCUCCUUCCCCCCUGCUACCCUCUGUCGCCUCUGCUGCUGCGGCCGACCUCGUUGGUUUGGAGUCGGUCGGUGCGGCGUCUGCCCCCAGCGGUAGGCGCCGCUCUGGCAGGGGCAAGGGGGGCAAGGGAGCGGGUGGAGCUAGCGGGGGCGGUGGCGGAGGCGGUGGGGGCGGCGGGGGGAGUGGGGGUGGCAGUGGAGGUGGUGGCGGGAGUGGAGGUACUAGUGGCGGCAGUGGAGGCGGAGGUGGUGGCGGAGGUGGCGGUGGGAGCGGCGGGGGCGAAGGUGGAGGUGGCGGUGGUGUCGGCGGAGGCGGGGGCGGUGGUGGUGGAGGUGGUCGGAGUGGCUCGUCCCAGCGGAGCAGCGCUGGGGGUGGUCAGCGCCAGCAGCAGCAGCAGCAGCAGCGCUCUCGUGACGUCCCCGCCCCUCAGCAGCUCCGUGAGUGGUACUCGCAGCGUCAGCGUGGUGGGGCGUUUGGUCCCUGCACCUACGUUCUUCGCACCGGCGACCGCGCGGGUGAGCAGUGUGGGGGCACCCACACCGCCCGCCGCUGCUUUGGCCGCCUGACUGACGCUUGGCGCCAGCAGUUUCCGGAGGCCUCUGAGAUCCCCCGCUGGGGAGAGCUGUCUAGGGCUGGUGUAGCUAUUUUUGAUCUUGACUUUGAUGCUAUCCUUGCUGCUUUGUAUGCGGUGACUGUUAGUGAUGAGGGUGACUGUUACCGGUGUUUCCCGCCCGACCCGGGCAUUGGUCCUGCUGCUCUAGGUGCCAGUGAGGCUGCUGCUCUAGGUGCCACUGAGGCUGCUGCUCUAGGUGCCAGUGCGUCUGUACUCUCAGGUACUGGUGAGGCUGCGCUCUCAGGUACUGUGUCGGCUCCGGCCUCUCACACCUUCACCCUAGACUCUGGGGCCUCUCGCUCCUUCUUUCGGGACCCCACCACUCUCACGCCGCUUAGUCGGCCGGUUGCGGUGUCCCUGGCUGACCCCUCUGGGGGUCCUGUCCUGUCUCACUUCUCCACAGUCCUCCCGUGUCCGGCGGCCCCCUCUGGCACCCUGUCUGGUCUCUACCUCCCCUCGUUCUCUACGAACCUGGUGAGUGGUUCUGACCUACAGGAUGCGGGUGUCCACCAGUUCACUCCUGCUCGUCAGCGGGUGACACACUGCACAGAGGCUAGCACAGGUCGCCACCUGGCUACGUUUACACGUCAGCCAGGGUCGAGCCUGUACACACUGACCACUGCUUCUCCUCCAGGUGCCGAGCCUGGUAGGGUCCCUUCGUCUGGUCAGGUGUUUGCUGCAGCGUCCAGGUCUGGUCCUGAGUCUGCCCCCUGUUCGUGUCGUCGUCUGUCUCACGAGACCCUCCUCUGGCACCACCGCCUUGGCCACCCCUCUUUGCUUCGGCUCAGAGGCAUGGCCUCCCGUCUUCUUGUGUCUGGUCUCCCCCGGUCCCUCCCCCCCCUUCCUCAAGGCCCUGGCCCUACCUGUGUUCCCUGUGUCGAGGGGCGCCAGCGUGCUGCCCCUCACUCCUCCCAGUUUCCUCCGACAGAGGCCCCGUUGCAGACGCUUCACAUGGACGUGUGGGGCCCAGCCCGCGUCCGUGAACAGGGUCAGGAGCGCUACUUCCUGCUCGUUGUUGACGACUACUCGCGUUACACCACAGUCUUCCCCUUGCGCAGCAAGGGUGAUGUCACUGCGACCUUCACGCUUCCGGACUCACCACAGCAAAAUGGGAUUGCAGAGCGCCGCAUUGGCAUGGUCAUGGACGUCGCUCGUACGUCUAUGAUGCAUGCGGCAGCUCCCCAUUUUCUGUGGUCGUUUGCGGUCAGGUACGCGGCGCACCAGAUCAACCUCCACCCCAGGGUCUCCAGGCCGGAGACCUCCCCAGCCCAGCUGUGGAUGGGGAAGGUUGGCGAUGCGUCGGCGUUCCGGUUCUACCACCCCACCUCUCGCCGUGUUCUGUCCUCCCAGGACGUCACGUUCGACGAGUCGGUACCCUACUACCGCCUCUUCCCCUACCGCACUCCCUCCCUCCCCCCACCCCCGCUCUUUCUUGUCCCAGGUCCCCCCCCGGUAGACCCCCUCCCCCCUCAGGGUCCUGCCCCGUCAGGUGUGUCCCAGGUAGACGCAGUCGAGCCUGUCGAGGUCACUGGUGACUCUGGUGCUGCUGGUGGUGCUGAGUCUGGGGAUGCUGAGCCUGGGGGUGCGGAGCCUGGGGGUGGUGAGCCUGGGGGUGCGGAGCCUGGGGGUGCUGAGCCUAGGGGUGCUGAGACUGGGGGUGCGGAGCCUGGGGGUGCGGAGCCUGGGGGUGCUGAGCCUGGAGGCUCUCUCGGUCCUUCGUCUCGCCGGGAGCCACUCUCUCCACCGGAGCUGCGCGAGUGGUUUGCCCGGCGCUGGAGCUGUGCUACUGGUGCUGGAGGUUCGUCGGCCACUGAGGGUGCUCCUGUCGCGGGUCCCGGAGGUGCUCGUCCGGGGAGUACUGGAGCUACUGGACCUGGAGUUCCUGAGGGUGUUGGCGCUACGACUACCACUGGCGGUCCGCCUGGCGGUGCUUCUGGUGCUGCUGGAGGUUCUGGGGCUGCUGGAGGUGCUGCUGGGGGUUCUUGUGCUAUUGGAGGUGCUGCUGGCGCGGGUACUCCUGCUUGGGGUACUGGUCCUGCUGUUUCCGGCGUCGCAGCGCGGCCCCGACCGUACUUCGUUCCACUCCUGCUGCAGCUACAGCCUGCCUCCCCUUUGCCUUCUCCUUCUCCCUACGCUGAUCCUACUGGAGGUCUUACUGAGCGUCGUGAGCCUGCGUCUCGUCCUGCGUCGCCUGUUCGUCCUGCGCGCGCUAGUGGUCGCGGUUCGCGUCAGCGUCCUCCUCCUGUCCCUGGCACGCACCGGAUGUCCUUGCGUCCGACCACUGCUCCUCUGCGUGCCCCUUUGCCUUCUCCUCCUGCGUCCUCUCUUCCUGCUCUCGCCGACCCUGCGUCGGACUCUCUUCGUGCUGCCAGUCCUUCUGUCACGCGUCUCCUUGCUACUGUUGUCACUGACCCUUCUUUCGAGUCUACUGCUGCGUCUGCUCUCGUUACUGACCUCGUCGACUUUGCUGCUCGCUGUCGCUUAGACUACGCUGCUAGUCUUGUCCCUAGUCUGAGUCCGCCUGUCCUCCGUCUGUCGGGGGGAGACCCGGAUGCACUUGACAUCCCGACUCCGCGCUCUUACGCGGAGGCGAUAGAGGGUCCCUACUCCUCUCAGUGGCAGGCAGCUAUGGAUGCUGAGAUGGCUUCCUGGAAGUCCACAGGCACCUACGUUGACGCUGUUCCCCCUCCUGGGGCGAACAUCGUCAGUGGCAUGUGGAUCUUCAGGGUGAAGCGGCCGCCGGGUUCUCCGCCUGUCUUCAAGGCAUGUUACGUGGCUCGUGGUUUCAGUCAGCGACAGGGAGUUGACUUCUUUCAGACCUUCUCCCCGACCCCGAAGAUGACCACUCUUCGGGUACUACUGCACGUCGCUGCUCACCGUGACUACGAGCUGCACUCUCUUGACUUCAGCACUGCUUUCUUGCAGGGCAGCCUGCACGAGGAGAUAUGGCUGCGCCGCCCUCCUGGCUUCACUGGGUCUUUCCCUCCUGGUACCCAGUGGAGUCUCCGGCGUCCAGUCUACGGUCUCCGCCAGGCGCCACGUGAGUGGCACGACACACUGAGGACUACGUUGGCGAAACUCGGGUUUGCUCCUUCUACAGCCGACCCGUCGCUGUUUCUGCGCACCGACACUUCUCUGCCGCCGUUCUACAUCCUCGUGUACGUCGACGACUUGGUCUUUGCCACUACGGAAACUGCUGGACUCGCCUACGUGAAAGCACGCCGCACCAUCACCCUGACUCAGUCACACAUGGUGCAGCAGGUCCUUCAGCGCUUCGGCUUCACGUACUCCUCGCCUCAGGCCACUCCUCUGCCUACUCGCCACUCGCUCUCAGCUCUGCCUUUGGAUGAGUCCGUAGAGUCGAGUGGCCCGUAUCCAGAGCUUGUCGACUGCCUCAUGUACCUGAUGACCUGCACACGACCUGACCUUGCAUACCCUCUUAGCAUUCUUGCGCGCUAUGUUGCUCCUGGGAGACACCGACCAGAGCAUAUGGCUGCAGCGAAGAGGGUGUUGCGCUACUUGUGCAGUACGUUGGGCAUGGGGCUAGUGCUUGGAGAGCGCAGUCCAAUGGUCCUCACUGGGCACGCGGACGCUUCUUGGGCUGACGACCAGGCUACGCAGCGGUCGUCACAGGGUUACACCUUCAGUCUUGGUUCCGGCUCUGUUUCGUGGCGGGCUACCCGCUCGUCUUCGGUUCUCAGCUCGAGUUGUGAGGCUGAGAACUACGCCGGGGCUAUGGCUGCCCAGGAGCUUCGCUGGCUCACCUACCUGCUUACCGACCUUGGAGAGCCGCCUCGUUCUCCUCCAGUCCUGUACGUAGACAACAAGGCCAUGCUGGCCUUGUGUCGAGAGCAGCGACUGGAGCACAGGACAAAGCACAUUGCUCUCCGCUACUUUCUUGCACGUGAGCUGCAGCAGCGUGGACAGUUGCGGCUUGCGUACGUGGCCUCUGAGGCCAACAUCGCUGAUGUCUUCACCAAGGCACUUGCGCCUUGUGAUCAUCAACGCUUCUGCACCCAGCUGGGUCUUGUGCCUGUCUUGUCUCACUUGCUCUCUUCUUGA